GGAACACAGUGUGUUUGUUCUUUGGAGAAAAGCAAGUUGCUACAACAAGCACUGAGGAAGAGGAGCAAGAGAGACCUAGCCACUGGCAGAACAAACAACAUGACCUCGAUGACUUCAACAGGCCCCAUGGCCAAUUCUGUGUUUGUGAUAGCACCUCACAACCGGUAUCCUGUGACCUUGGGAGGCAUGACUCAGGUGCCCGUAUAUCCAUUCAACCAGACUCAAGUCCACCCAGUUCCUGGGAAUGCACAUGGUUUGGAGCUGCCUACGUAUAUGCAACCUGCCCAGAGAACCUUGAGAGAGGGCAAAGUUUUAGGGGCCAUACAGAUUCUGAUCGGCCUGGUACACAUCGGCCUCGGCAGCAUCUUGGGGACCAUCGUGUCCACGUACUAUAUACCUGUGUCAUUGGCCGGAGGCUAUCCCUUCUGGGGAGGCAUAUGGUUCAUCAUUACAGGAUCCCUCACAGUGUCGUCAGAAGUGCAGCCAAAUUCUCCUUGCCUGCUGAAAGGAAGCUUGGGCUUGAACAUCAUCAGUGCAGUCUGUUCUUUGGUUGGAAUUGCCCUCUUCAUCACAGAUAUGAGUGUCAACUCCGCACGAUUCUACCCCAACUACUAUCCUUACUAUGGUGUGGCCCCUGGAAUAGGUACUUCUGCUGUGCUGUUCAUCUUUAGCCUCCUGGAGUUCAGCAUUGCCUGCACGUGUACCCAGUUUGGCUGCCAACUGGUUCAACAUUCACAAAACAAUGGGACCGUGGUCAUGCCCCCAACCAUCUAUGUAACAAACCCAAUGGUCAUCCCAGAACCAGGGAACUCGCCACCACCAUACUCCGGGUAG